CUUUUAUUCCGAGAGAAGAUAAGAUACUGCCAACUUUUUAAUGUAAAUAUGUGUUAGUUCCAAUCACAAACGAGAAGUUCUUUAGUAAACAUGCGUGACAAAGACCGUUUCAGGACUUUUUUCCUGUUUUUCGGGGUUAUAUGGACCUCCCAAAUUUGCACAGGGAUAAUCAUCCCCACGCAAGAACAACCCCGUCCCCAGUAUUCAUCAGGAAUAAAAACUACGUUUAGAAAAAAUACCAACCCGUACAUGCUUCAGAACUACAGCAGAGUUGUAGUACAUAAUAGACCAGAUAUUCCAGGAGCCCAAUAUGUCCUUACUCACACCGAGGACAUACAACAUGUCUAUCCUGUAUAUAAUAUCCAAGGAAACAACCAGAGGCAACAGCGUCAGAAUAUUUUACAAACACAAUCCCAUACCAAAAUUGAUGCCGGACAAUUUAACACACCAAACAGAACGAUUAUUAAGAGGAAAAUUGAGUCCAAAGCUUUGGAAAUAUAUACCAAGUGCCCACCUGGAGUAACUGGGCAGUUCAUCUAUUCAGCUUCUUGCAAUCAGUUCUUGAACUGUUGGAAAGGAAGAGGCACCGUCCAAAACUGUGCGCCGGGAACACUGUUCAAUCCCAAAUCGUUGGAAUGUGAUUUUCCAGAGAAGGUGGAAUGUGUAACAGGUCCUAGCUCAAAUACCAUAGAAAACGUAAGAGUGCAGAAAUCCGUGCUGCAAGCUUCCUGUCCUGCUGGUUUUUCCGGUAUUAUACCGGACUAUUUCGACUGUUCAAAAUUUAUCAAUUGUGAUAACGGUCAAGAAAAUAAAAUGUCCUGUGCACCCGGUACUUUGUUUGACAUGGAGAAAAAUAUGUGUGAUUAUCCGCAAAGUACGACUUGUUUCAAUGGAGAUAAUUCCCUUGAACUAAAUGUAGCUGGUGCUCAACAACAGUAUCAAUGGUCGCAUGGUUUGACUGAUGGUCGUAAUCUGUGUACAUCCCAGAAUUGUCAAUCUGGUAACUAUCAUGAAAGUCAUUCUGUAGGUCAAGAAACAGUACCUACAUACACUUAUUGUAACCCAAAGACUCAAAACUGUGGACAUAGUACAUCUUACGACUUGCGUGGAAGCCAGUCAGGAUCUAAAUCUACUACACAUUCGCAAACCACUGAUAGAGAAGAUAAUUACCAAUAUGGCACUGACAAUUCAGGAUAUGGUCAUAACACGGGCGAAGCAAGGUACGAUUCAAAUAGAGGACAAAAUAGUUAUGGGUGUAGACCAAGAGAAAAUUGUGAAAGACCAACGCAAGAGUACCAAUACCAAAAUAAUUACCGGUGUUCGGGCCAAAACUGUGUAAGACAAACCUCAAGCUACGGGCAAACCAAUGCAGGACAAUAUUCAAAUCAACAUCAAACCUCAAGCUACGGACAAAACACCGCAGGACAAUCUUCAAAUCAGCACCAAACGUCAAGCUACGGACAAAACACUGCAGGACAAUAUUCAAAUCAACAACAAACCUCAAGCUACGGACAGAACACCGCAGGACAAUCUUCAAAUCAGCACCAAACCUCAAGCUACGGACAAAACACUGCAGGACAAUAUUCAAAUCAAAACCCAGCUUAUACUCACUCCACGACAUAUGGGCAAACUGAUAAUCAAGAGCAAAUCAGUACUUCUACUGAGUACGUGGGAUGCGAUCUACAAACUUUAAAGUGUUUCCUUCCUGGUGAACAUGGUAGUCCAAUAAAUGGAAAUACUGAAGGCUUAGUUAAAAAAAUUUAUAAAGUUAACCAAAAGUGUAAUCCAGCAGUCCAAAAUUGUGGUCAGUACGGAGAGACCUAUUCGAGCAGUUGGCAAAACAACGAAUACUUAGGAAACGGUCAUGGAGAACUCAACAGGCAUAACUGUAAUCCAGCUACACACAACUGUGACCAAUACUCAGGACAAAGUAGUACAGUCACCCAAUGGUCAACUGCUCCACAACAACAGGCUACGCAAUGGUCGAGUGCUCAACAACAACGUCCCAAUUACAACAACAUCUGUAACGUAAACGAUCCCAGCUGUAGACGAAACCAACCUACACCCCAACAACCAGCUAGUCAGAAAAAAACAACGAAUUCUCGACCUGUUUGUCCCAGUGGAUUCGUGGGUCUACACAAGCACCCUACAGAGUGCAAGAAAUAUUUGAACUGUGCUAAUGGUCAGACGUUCGUGAUGGAUUGCGGUCCUGGGACUGUGUUCAAUCCGAAGAUUUCGGUAUGCGACUAUCCUUCCAAUGUUGACUGUACAGACGGCGAAUCUUCUCAAGUGAAUACGUAUGUGGAUUCAAGUCACAAUGCGGGACGUGGUACAACUGAGCGGUACACGGAAAGCUAUACUGAGUGGCACAAUCAAAAUGGAGGUGACUGGCAAGAAUCGAGUCACAAUUCAGGAAGCGGUAAACCUGGAUACGUAAUUAAACCAGUAGAAAAAUCUCCCGAUUACGAUGAUGUCUACAACUCCAACCACUACCAACGAAGACCUCAAGUAACCACCCCAAGAAGUGCUUGGAUUCCACCAUAUCAAACUGCGGAUUCCAACGAUCUUGGUGAAACGGAUUAUGUCUUUACUUACGACAAUGGAGAGCCGGUAGAAUUGGAACCUGAAAACGUAAUCGAAGUGAAACAAAGGUUAAUCAAGAAAUGUUCUGACGAUGAUUUCCACUGUAGCGUGAACUCUUGUAUUUCAUUGACGCUGCUUUGUGAUAAUAAUAGGGAUUGCGCUGAUGGAAAAGACGAGGAAAACUGUCGAGAAUACGUCGAAAGAUUUUCAGUUGUCAAAAACAAACGUCUAGUAGUAGUAGAAAAUCAACGCAUCGUCAACGUAUCCCAUGCAACUUGCUCUGUCCUUUGUAUUCAAAACAAGAAGUUCACAUGCAGAUCAUUCACUUACAGAAGAUCUGACAGAAACUGUUUCCUGUCAGACAAAAACAUAGGACUAUCUGGAGCUCUGCAGACCCAUCAUUCCAGCGACUACUACGAACUGAAAGAUGGUACUAUAGACUGUUCUGAUAAGACCAAGUACUUCGAGUGUAAUAACAAGAAAUGCUUAAGUAAGGAUUAUGUGUGUGACGGGUAUAAUGAUUGUGAUAAUAGAGAAGACGAAAAGCAUUGUGGGGCGGAAAAGUUUGGAUACAAAAUAAAGUUGGCCGGGUCGGGUCAGAAGAAUGAAGGACGAGUAGAAAUUACAGCAUUUGGCAGUACCGGUUACAUCUGCGACGACGACUUCAGCAUAAUCGACGCCAAUGUCAUUUGUAGAGAACUGGGAUUCCCCCUAGGUGCAGCUGAAGUUAAAGGCCAAUCGUACUUCGCCAAAGACCUAAAGGAAAGAAACACUCUGUAUAUGAUAGAUGACCUCAACUGCGUUGGAAAUGAGAGUUCCGUCAUCGAUUGUUCAUUCCCUGGUUGGGGUAUGCACAACUGUAGAGACCAAGAAAUAGCUGGAGUUGUCUGUAAGACUCCUCAAGAGAAAUGCGGGAAUGACAAAUGGAAAUGCGAUAGUGGAAAUGAGUGUAUUCCGUUUGAGUUCGUUUGCGAUGAUGUCGAGGAUUGUAACGACGAUUCUGAUGAAUCUGUACAGCAUUGUGAGGCUCCCACUGAAUUGCGUCUUGUAGGAGGUUCUUAUCCCGGAGAAGGCCGAGUUGAAAUCAAACAUAACGGUAUCUGGGGAACUAUUUGUGAUGACGACUUCAAUGAAGAUGCAGCUAAAGUUGUGUGCAAGUCCUUGGGAUACAAAGGGAAGAGUUUCGUUAAAAAGGAUGCUCACUUUGGGGCAGGUUAUGGGCCCAUAUGGCUCGAUCAAGUAUCUUGUCGUGGCAACGAGACUGAGCUGAACACAUGUACACACUGGGGCUGGGGCGAGCACAAUUGUGAACACAGUGAAGACGUAGGAGUGAUCUGCUCACAGGAUGCAGAAGAGGUCCAGAUUGAAAGACACUCAAACCUGCCUACAAGAAUUGAAGAAGGAUUGCCCCAAAACUGUGGCUUGAGAAAAGACAACCAGUUUGCCAUCAAGGACUUAAUUCAGGCAAGAGUGAUAGGAGGAGGUGUUGCUAAGAAAGGAGAUUAUCCUUGGCAGGCGGCUCUUAAAGUCAGAGUCAAAGACAAAUCCGCCCACUGGUGUGGAGCCAUCAUCAUCUCCAGCAGAUGGGUUCUCACUGCAGCCCACUGUCUACAGGGUUACACCAAAGGUGCCUACGUGAUCGUUGCUGGUGAUUAUAACACAGACGACAACGACGGAACCGAGCAGCAGAAGUAUAUCGAUGAGUUCUUCGUGCAUGAACAGUUCAGGAAGGGACACAAGCUUAAUAACGACAUUGCUCUGAUCAAAGUGAAAGGUACUGGGUUCGUGCUGAAUGACGACGUCCAACCUAUUUGUUUGCCUGAUGCUACUACGGAUUAUAGUAAGCAGAUGAAUUGUACUAUAUCUGGAUUUGGAUCGAUCAAAAGUGGAGUUUCAGCAUACUCCCACAAUUUACUGUCAGCUUGGAUAACUACAUAUUCCGACGAUAUAUGUAAAAUGCCCCAUGUAUAUGGUGAUGUUUUGACAAACGGUAUGUUUUGCGCUGGUUCUAUGGACGGUGCGAUGGACGCCUGCGAUGGGGAUAGCGGAGGUCCAUUGGCUUGUUUGGACCAAGGUGUUUUUACUCUUUAUGGAAUAACUUCCUGGGGCAUGCACUGCGGAUACGCAAACAAACCAGGAGUUUACGUGAAAGUUGGACAUUACAGAAAGUGGAUUGACGAUACUAUAGAGAAACAUUCGAGGUGAAGGGACAAAAAUAAUCGAGCUUGGGACUUUUCCUAUCUUAAAUAAUAAUCUGGCCUGCAUACGUUACGUUAAUUCAGACUGUUUGGUUUUCAAUUAGAUAUAUGACCUAUAAAUGGCAACACUGCUACCUAAUGCACCAGAUUCACGCCGAUUCAUUCAGUCAUUCGUCAUUCUACCAUAGAGGUAUAUAUUAACAUAGAGGGAGCCUAUCUUCCGCGCUUCCUGACGACAAGAUCUCAUGGACUGGUUUGCUGCAUAUCUUUCUAACACAUUGUAUUGAAAAUCUAUGACCUAUGAUGACAUUUAGUGUGAAGAUAGGCACGGAAGAGAAGGACAACUGUAGCAGCUUUACUAUGCGUAAGAGUGAGACAGCACUAAUCCAAAUAAAAAAGAUGGUGUCGUCACUUCGCUCUGAAUGACACUCUCUCUAUGCUAAUAUAUAACUCUAUGCAUUCUACAGUGACAAUGCAACCCAUUCUCAUAAGCAAUGUUGCCAAUUUUAGCGAUUCCUUCAGUCACCUAUAUCUAAUCAAACACUAAACAGUCUGUAUAUUAAUUGCAACAACAGACUGAAUUAUACUACUUAGAAUAUCGAAUUUUUAGUUACAUAUCCAUAGUUUUCAAGAAAAUAAAUAAAUAAUUACCAAAUCACAAAUAA